CUAAUAUACUGAACCAAAACGGAACAAAAUCCUUUAUUUUUUGUUAGACCAAAAAUCAAAAGCAAUUAGUAAAGUGGGGGAAAGCGAGUUGAAUCUAUGGCGUCCUCCAAGCUACAGGCUCUGUGGAACCACCCUGCCGGACCCAAAACCAUUCACUUUUGGGCACCAACUUUUAAAUGGGGCAUUAGCAUAGCGAAUGUGGCUGACUUUGCUAAACCACCGGAAAAACUUUCCUACCCUCAGCAAAUAGCGGUUACUGCAACUGGAAUUAUCUGGUCACGCUACAGCACUGUAAUCACUCCGAAAAACUGGAAUCUCUUCAGUGUAAACAUUGCUAUGGCUGGAACAGGCAUAUACCAACUAACACGAAAAAUAAAACAUGAUUACUUUUCGGAGGCAAAGCCGGCCAUUGCAUCUGAAUGAUGAUGAAAUCUUCCGAAAUCCUCUGUUUUUAAUGGAACAAAUUAUCAGUUAUCUUGCCUUGUUUUUCUGUUAAUUAAAAGUUACACUUUGGCUCUAUGGCUUGGCUUUGAAUUACUCAAGCAUGUUGUGUUGUGGAAAAAUUGGAACUUGAUGAUGAUGAUUGUAGAGCCAUCAACUGAUACUGAACUGAGCAACAGAAUCCCUAAAAUUUUCAAUAA